AUGGACGCGGCUGCAAUCGCCUCGUCGUUAGCCGCCGUCGCGACAACCACCCUCCUCGCGGCCACCACCACCGCAUCACCCUCAUCCCAGCCCCACAAGAUCUUCCUGCACGGCUCAGGCUCAGACGGGUCUCAUGGACAAGAUGGAGACGAAAAGGGAGAAUGUAGGCUGCUUGGGCCAUUCUCUCUCUUCAUCCAGGUUGCCCUCGGUGCACUAGCGCUGUUAUCGCUGGUGUAUAAGCGGUGGAGAGAACGGCCACAGCGACCGAUCAAAGUGUGGGCGUUUGAUGUCUCGAAGCAGGUCUUUGGCUCGGCGAUGCUUCAUCUGGCCAACCUGCUCAUGUCUCUGUUCUCGGCGGGGCAGCUGGAGCUCCAGACGCAUUUCAAACCGAACCCCUGUUCGUUCUAUCUCCUGAAUCUGGGUAUCGAUACCACCCUUGGGAUCGUGAUAUUGAUUGCGAUUCUCCGUGUACUCAACUACCUUGCAUCCUACACGCCUCUCGCCAACCCUCCCGAGUCGAUCGAGUCCGGGAACUAUGGCCACCCGCCGCGUGCAUGGUGGUGGUUCAAGCAGUCCAUCAUCUACUUCUUGGGACUGCUCGGCAUGAAGAUCUGCGUCUUCUUCCUGAUCCAGUUGGUGCCGUGGAUUAUCAAGGUUGGCGACUGGGCUUUGCGGUGGACAGAAGGGAACACCGCCGUUCAGAUCUUCUUCGUGAUGCUGCUUUUCCCGGUGAUCAUGAACGCCAUCCAGUAUUACCUCAUCGAUAUCUUCAUCAAGAAGCCUCUUUCUUACGACAUAUACGCGGAGGACGAUGAGUCGGAUCCCGUCGAGGAUGAUCCCCAUCGAAGUGCUCUGCUCGCGGGUAUUGACGAAGACUAUUCUUCUGAUGAUUCUGGUGAUGAGAUGCCGAGGAAAUUGGCUCAGACAGCCUCACCGAAACUGGCUGCGAAGGCGACCCAAGAGGCUGAGGGCCAGCUCACCGAGGACCAUUCUCCAGUUCCACCGUAUGAGGCAUCCAACUCGAGCGGUAGCGAUCGCAAAUACAGUGGUGAAGCCGAUGCUACCCAUCAUCAUUGA